UGCCUUCAACAACUGUCACGAAAAAUCGUCCAUCGCAAGUAAAGAAUUUGCGUAAAUUUGCUAAUAAGAGUAAUUGUAGCAUCAAGAAAUAAGGCGAUUAUAGUUAUUUGUUAUAUUAUUAAACGUAAUCUACAAGUAGCCAAUAAGAAGUUAACUAUGUUAAGAUCACAAUGAAGUGUUAAUCGGUUGCUCAAUAUUAUAGUAGUGUAACUCCGCAGUAGUGAUGAGCGAACGAUACCCCGGAUACCUGUUCGGUGGGACACCAGUGAGUAGUUGGGACAGGAGUUUCAACUCCUUGGAGAACCAAAUCCAGCAACAGUACAGAGGUCGGUACGGCGGACCGCCGCGGUGCUGGGGCAGCAUGUCAGAAGGAGGGGGCGUGUCGGCCGCGGGGGACUCUAGCAGAACCAACCUCAUCGUCAACUAUCUGCCGCAAACCAUGACAGAGAAGGACCUGUACGCCAUGUUCAUGACCAUAGGGCCCAUCGAGAGCUGCCGCGUCAUGAAAGAUUUUAAGACGGGGUACAGUUACGGGUUCGGCUUCGUGAACUUCACGCGCGAGGAGGACGCGGCGAGAGCUAUCGACACCUUCAACGGAUACCAACUCAGGAAUAAGCGGUUAAAGGUAUCAUACGCGCGGCCAUCAGGCGACGACAUUAAAGAGACGAACUUGUACGUGACGAACUUACCCCGCGCCAUCACCGAAGACCAGCUAGAGACGAUAUUCGGGAAGUACGGACGUAUAGUGCAGAAACACAUCCUCAGGGACAAAAGUAAUGGGUCGCCGCGUGGUGUGGCUUUUGUUAGGUUUGACAAACGCGAGGAGGCACAAGAGGCGAUAGCAGCCUUAAACAACGUGAUACCAGAGGGCGGCACUGAGCCGCUCAGCGUCAAGGUGGCGGAAGAACAUGGGAAGCAGAAAGCGGCGUACUACGCGGGUUGGGCGGCGGGAUUCCACCACAACCGAGGCGACUAUUCCUGGAGCUGCGGCACCUGCAUGAUGCCAGAGCCUUGGGAGGACUUUCCAGGCCCGCCCUUAGGCGGCAGUCACCCCGGCACCCCGCGCAACGGCUGCCGGCCCGGCGCCUGCGCCAACCGGGUACCCUACCCUAACUACCUCCCCGGCAAAGGCCCGAGGCCUAACCGGGGCCGGAACUUACCCUGGGCCCCGAACUUUGGCGAAGAAAGAUUCAGAGGGCAACGCUGUAGGAACGGCCCCACCCCAUACUGGUAGAACUGUACAAAAAUACAAUGGAUUUGAUUUGAAAUUGUAUAUUUUUUUGAGGUUGCUUUUGAUCUCAAUGGUGUACAUAUUUUUAAUUGAGAGAUUCUGGCAUGGAAUUGUCAGGGACAUUGUUAUCUUUAUUAAAAAGAUAUCGAUUGAAGGAUUUUAAAUAUUAUAU